AUGAACAAUCUGACGGGGUUUGAAACGAAAACAUCUAGUGCUACUAAAAAUAGUGUAGUGUGUAAGCCGUUUAUUGAAAAUGGAAGUGAAGAAAAUCAUUCUAAAGAUGAAGUUCCAAAAAUGUUUAGAGAUAAAGAUAAAGAAUAUACUUUUACUGAAAAGAUUGAUGAGCUAUACAUAAAAGAAUUAGUGUUGAAAGAAAGCUCAGUACCAGGAAGGUAUGGGCAUUGUAACCGACUGAAAUAUACAUACACUUAUGUACAUGAUUGCCUGAUAUCCAGUGAGAAUAAAGUGGAAACAUUACAACUCCUAGUAUUUUUGAAGUCUACAGUAAAGUGGCUGGGUAAAGAGCUCAGUAAAGAAGGUUCUAGAAUGCGCAUAGAGCGGGUCAGUCUUUUUAAAAACAUAAAACCUCCUGAGAACAAGAAAGAACUAAGUAGUCUUUUACAUAUGCUUAACUACCGGGGCAUGUAUAUUUCAACUCAUGCCGGUAUCCUAGAACUCCUCAGUAGACUGUUACCGUUGGCCGCCAUGAAAGUAAUGGACUGGCAGAGGUGUUUUUCAAAUAACCAUAAAAAGGCCUUAGAAAAAAGAUGUUACGAAGAACGCAUCGAAUGGGACGAUAUAUUAGAUGAUUAUUUUUAUUGUUAUAACAGAUUACCCAAUCCAAUGAAUGGCAGCACAGUUACGUUAGGCGUUAUUGAAAGAGCUAACCCAGAAAAAAGUACUACGGCCUUGUGGCACCCACAACUAUUUUUGUCUUUUGAUAAAGCCUUUUUAAAUAGCGAUUGCAUAACUGCUAAGAGACUGUUCAGAAUCAGCAAAGAAAAAUUGGUACAAACUCCACAGCUCUCUCCCACUUCUAACAAAUUUUUUCUAGAAAAGCCUGGAAAAGUGCCGUUUGGUUGGAAAUCUCUAUCUCUAUUCCUUGUGAUUGGUGGAGCAGUUUAUUUUUAUUUUAAAUCCGAAAAGAAGAGAGUUUUGGAAGAGAGACGCUAUAAGGACUCUCGUGGCCGCCCGGAUGUGGGCGGGUCUUUUGUUUUAAAAGAUCAUGAAGGAAGAACCGUAACUGAAAACGACUUAAAAAACAAAUGGACUCUGAUAUAUUUUGGAUUUACUCACUGUCCAGACAUCUGCCCUGAGGAGCUGAAUAAACUCACUGACGUGCUUAACCGCUUGGACAAACAAAAAAUUACUAAAGAAAAAGUUUUUCCUUAUCUGGUCACGGUGGACCCCCGACGCGAUACCCCAACGGUUCUGAAAACUUACUUGCAAGACUUCCAUCCCCGUUUUAUUGGGCUUACGGGAACUGAGGAAGACAUAAAAGAAAUGGCGAAAACCUUUCGAGUUCACUACAGUAGAGGGCCUUCCGUUGACGACUCUCCCGAUGACUACAUUGUUGACCACUCGAUUCUCACAUUUUUCUUCGAUCCGCGCUAUAACUUUUGUGCAUUUUAUUCCAUAACCGACAGUGGAGAUAAAAUUUUUAAUGAAAUUACCAACUUUAUUCGGUAUAACCCGGAUUUAUAG